AUGUCCUUGCAGGACUCCAUGACGUUGCUCAACAACCACCGCCACCGCAUCCCCCUCCGCCGCGAGCAGAUUCACGCCCUCGCCAAUGCUCUCCAUGCGCUCAAGCACACCCUGGGCCCGGAAAAGGCCCAGCAGACCACCGUGUACACCGCCAUCCUCCGCCUCCUCAAAGCCCACGUGUCUCCCCUCCCGACCGCCUCCGUCUCGUUUGCCCAGGUCCAGGCCUCGCGCCUGCAAGGCUGGGCCGAGCGCUUCCUCGCCGAGGGGAAGGAACUCCCGAAGGAGAUCUCGGACGCCAUUGCCCAGGGCCUCGUCUUCGGCUUUGAUCCACGCACCGGCCUCAGAAUACCGCGCCACCAGCAGGACGAGCUUCUUCGCGCACAGCAACAACGAGAGCGCGAUGAAAUGAUGCACGAGAGGGAACGCCUGCGUCUCCUCCAGGCCGACUUUACAAAGGCGAAGGACGGCACCAGAGCCAGGCCGGAGAACGUCGCCCCGGAUCCCGUCCAUUUAAUUCCGUGGGAGGAGAGGGUAUUACCGGUCCCCACCGGAACCGUCGCCGCACUGUAUCUGCCGAAAUUGGACAUAGAGACCUUGAAUCGGGAGAGGUUUCGCUCACUGCGCAAUCGCACGGAUCAGAUACAGAAGGAGGUUUCCCACGCGCUUGCCGAACAUGCGAAUGGAACACACGUCUUGAAGCCGCGAAUCGCCGCACUCUUGGAAACCCGCCAAAGACAUGUCUCAUUGCUUGACUUGCAGCGGAAGAUGCGCGUAAACAUCUGGGAAGAACAUCGCAUGGUAGAAAACGGCCGCCGCAGUUCCAAGCUGAGGGGUCGCAUAUUGAAGCAACUGCAGCGCGAGUUUGAAAAGGUCGAAAGGGCUCGUAUGCGCCAGCUGGAGGUUGAAGAAAAAGAGGCACGCCGGAAGCGUCAGGCCUGGGUCAAUGCUAUGAACGAUCACUUGAACAAGUUUCGCAGCUACCAUCGCGAUGUGGUACGGCGAGGCGUGCGUGCGAUUACGAAAGCGGUUCUGAAAUACCAUGAAGAGUAUGCGCGAAAUGCAAGCAGGGCCGAGCGGGAAGCUGAGAAGGCCCGUAUCCAGGCCCUGAAAGACGACGAUGAAGAGGGUUAUCUAGAGCUUGUGCGAAAGACAAAGAACACUCGAGUGCUAGAGCUUUUGGACCAGACUGACAAGUAUCUCAAGCAACUGGGUGCUGUCGUGAAGGAAGAGCGAGUCAGGAGCGGAGUUGUCGAAUACGAGAACAAUAACGAUGAAAAGAGCGGAGCCCGUCAUGACUACUAUGGGAUAGCACAUGCCAUCAAGGAGGAAGUCGAUGAACAAUCUUCAUUGCUGGUCGGCGGAGUACUGAAGGAGUACCAGCUGCAUGGGAUUCAGUGGAUGGUGAGUCUUUACAAUAAUCGCCUUAAUGGUAUCCUCGCAGAUGAAAUGGGUCUGGGAAAAACCAUUCAAACUCUUGGCCUGAUUGCACAUCUCAUGGAGCGAAAGGACAAUCCAGGUCCGUAUCUGAUCAUUGUCCCACUUUCGACAAUUAGCAACUGGGAGUUGGAAUUUGCCAGGUGGGCUCCAGCGGUUCGCGUUGUCGUUUUCAAAGGCGACGCCAAGGCACGAAAACGGUUGUACGAAGAGGUCAUCGAAAAGAAAAGCUUCAACGUCUGCUUGGUGACUUACGAGUACGUCGUCCGAGGAAAGAAUUUCCUCAAGCGUAUAGAAUGGCAACAUCUUAUCAUAGAUGAGGGGCAUCGUAUAAAAAAUCAUGAAAGCCGCCUCAGCUCCGUUCUUCAUGACCAUUACAGAAGUCGGAAUCGGCUUUUGCUCACUGGAACACCACUCCAGAAUUCUCUCACAGAGCUCUGGGCAUUGUUGAAUUUCCUGCUACCAAACGUUUUCAAGAGUGCCGAGUCGUUUGAGAGUUGGUUCGCUGCUCCUUUCGCACAAAUGGGAGUUGGAAAUAUAAGCACGACCGAGCAACAGGCACAACUGACGGAAGAAGAGAGUCUCCUUAUUAUUCGACGAUUGCACCAAGUGCUUCGGCCUUUUCUUUUGCGACGGAUGAAAGAUGAUGUCUUGAGGAUGGGUGAGCAGCUCCCGGAAAAGCAAGAACACAUACUUUUGUGUGAGAUGUCCGCUUGGCAGCGCCACAUGUACAGAAGGAUCGUCAAGUCAGAACGAGUCCUUUUCACCGACAGCCACGGGAGGCAUCGGUACGAUAAGCUUUCAAAUCCGGCUGUGCAGCUGCGGAAAUGCGUGAACCACCCGUAUUUGUUCUUCCAAGACCAUGCAAGUCGGCUUGUUGACACUCCAGAGUUGUGGAGAGCCUCUGGCAAGUUUGACAUGCUCGACUCUAUUAUUACAAAGUUGCUUCGAACGGAUCAUCGGAUCUUGGUGUUCAACCAAAUGACGAAAGUCGUCGACCUUCAAGAGAGGUUGUUGCGAUACAGGAACAUUCCGUUUUACCGUCUUGACGGUAGUACAAACACAGACGACCGUAAGCAGAUGGUCAAUGACUUCAAUAAGCACGACUCAGAUGUGCAUGUCUUCUUGCUCACUACGCGGGCUGGUGGCCUUGGUGUCAACCUGCAAACGGCUGACACCGUCAUCAUUUUUGACAGUGAUUGGAACCCUUCAAUGGAUCAACAAGCUCAGGAUAGGGCGCAUCGAAUUGGUCAGAGAAGGGAGGUUCUCGUUUUGAGGAUGCUAACGGCAAAGUCUAUUGAAGAAGAUGUUAUGGAAAGGGCUUCAUUCAAAAGAGGACUAGAGAAGAAGAUUAUUCGAGCCGGUAUGUUUGAUGAGCAAAGCAAAGACUCUGAGAGGCAAGCGAUGCUCCGGGAGCUCCUACGGGUGGACGGCCCUGUGAGUGAGGAUGAGAAUGAAGAUGGACUCCCAACUGAGGAAGAGAUAAAUAGGCUACUGGCAAGGAGUGAAGAAGAGUUUGGAAUAUUUGAGGAGAUAGACGUCGAGAGGGUGGAAGAAAUUUCUCAUCGUGCGCGCCUCCUCAUCGAGAAAGAAAUACCAGAAUGGGCGACCAAGGUACCGCAGGCUCUGAAGGACAAGGCGAAUUCUUCGGGUGCUGGGAACUGGAACACGAUGCCUGCUGGAUUCGAUUUAAGUUCAUUGAACGAGCCAAAGAAGAAGCGUGCCGCGGCGACAAACGUUAGCUACGGCUUUGACCAAUUGACCGAACGACAAUACAUCAAGCUGAUGGAACGUUCGGAAGCCGGCGAGGACAUACGACUAUCUGAAGAAGCAGCGGCUGUUAUGAGCCGGAAACGAGGCAAACGAAAGAGAAAGGGAUCGGCAACAUUGCCGAAAGAUGAUGAGGACCAGGAUUAUGAUGGGAAUGAUGACUCACGUGUGGACAGCGAGGCUGACACAGGCACUCUGGGAUCGCGUCCACAAGGUUCUCCAAGAAUGGAAGACAUGGUUGCCUCUAAGACACUUAGCGCAGACCUGAAACCUUUCGACGACGAGAUGACCGAGGGGGGCAAUGGAACUUGUGGGGAACAGAGCUUUGCGCCGUCCGGAACUGAGGACAUGAUUAUCGAGGAUGACGAUGACGAUGACGCAGAUGUGGUAGACAAAGACAUGAGCAUUCCGAGACAUAGCGGGUCAGAAGGUCCGACAGCUCGGUCUCGGUCGGAGGAGCCGGACAGCGAGACGUCAGAGGAGGGUGAGAUGGACCGGUACUCUUCGCGAGCUGUAUCUGGACGAGGAAAGGCGACCUCCCAAGAAUGGUCCGAGGGGCCGAAACAGCGAAAGCGAUUGAAACGCGGGACAGAGAUAAAGCGGCGCGGGCGGGCUGGUCGUCGGAGUGUGGCGCAGAAACGCAAGAUGGAUCUGGAGGACUCUGGAAUGGACCGCAGCGAUGCAAGCGACGAUAGCCCUCUUGUGCGUCCGUAUCGGCGGAAGCGAAGGAUCCGGGGCACAGAGUCAGGGACGCGCAAGCGACUUAAGGCGAGUGAUACGGAGGAGGAGGGGGAGUUGGACGCAGAGAAAGAGGAACAAAGUGGUUCAAAUGAGGGGAUCAUGCGGCGUGGGAGUUCCGGACGAAUUCCGCGGAUCCGAUCUGAGACGGUCGAGAGGAGUUCGAAGAAGCGCGGAGACACGAAACGGACAGGAGCAGCCGAAGCGUCGGAGAAUGGAGAGAUCCAAGAAGGUAAGCGGAUGGGGGAUGAAGAGGACGGGGAAAUCCGAGAAGAAGGCGAGCUAUCUGAUUCGAAACCGCGGGAAACAAAAGAAAACAAAGCAGUGUUGGAGCCGCGGGUUCCGCGGGUGCCCCGAGUUCCUCGCAAGCCCAAGGCUGUGGAGAAACGAGGGAGCAUUGUUGGAGCACAAGUGGCACCGAAUGUAGCGUUGAUUCCGCCACCGAUUGCCGGGCCCGGGGCACUGAUUCAUCCAAUGCGAAGUACGGUGCCGACGAUUGGGAGACCGCCGGUGAGAGGGGUGCCGCCAAUGGUGCAGAGACCGCUCGUCGGGCACGGGAUGGGACGCGGGAGAAUUAUGCCCCAACACGCCGGGUGGAUGACAGGGCGAUAUGCAGCAGGGAAUGCAGUGGGGAUGGCCGCCAUGGAAGGGGAGAAGGAGGCGAUGCGGGCGAGAAAGUUGGCGGAAGAGGAGGAAAGUAGGAAGAAGCUGGAGCAGGAGAAGCAAGAGCGAGAAAGGGAGCGAGAGAGGGAGCGCGAGAGGGAGCGCGAGAGGGAACGCGAAACAGAACGAGAAAAGGAACGAGAAAAGGAACGAGAAAAGGAACGCGAAAAGGAACGCCAAAGAGAACAAGAGAGAGAACGGGAAAGGGAAAGGCAAAGGGAAAGGGAAAGAGAGGGCGAGAGGGAAAGACAACGAGAGAGGGAGCGCGAAAAAGAAAAGGAAAAGGAGCGAGCGAAGCAGGUCGAAGUCGAGAAGGAGAGAGAAAAAGAGGAACAAGUUGCAAAGGCAAGGGAGGCGGCGGAGAUGGUGGAGAUGGAAGAGGGGGAGGCCGGUGAAGAAGAGGAAGAAGGGGAAAUUGAUGAGGAGGAAGGGGAGAUAGUGGAAGACUGCUAGUGUAAUUUGUGUAAAGGGAAACUUACAGUGUGUA